AUGGAAGUUCAAAAUAGUUCCUUCUACUGGGAUUGGGCAAAGUACUCUGAUGGACUGGGCUCCCAACCCAGGAUAAUAUGUGGUGACACCAGAGCCAGUGAGAUACUACAUUGUGUCGCUGGUGUCGUUACCGCUGGUGCUGUUGCCGUUGGAGUUGAUGCCGUUGGAGUUGAUGCCGUUGAUGCCGUUGGAGCUGAUGCCGUUGAUGUCGUUGGAGUUGAUGUCGUUGGAGUUGAUGCCGUUGAAGUUAAUGCCGUUAAAGUUUAA